AUGAUUGGGGAAUCGUGGAAAAGCGGACACUGGCGGAUCACGGGCGGAUCACUGGGUCAACCACGAGCCAAGCUCCGUCCGACCUGCUUCACCCGUCAAGCUCCUCAAGCAUCGCACCCCGUUCUCUGGCCCUUCGUUCGAAGCUCCAAGCUGCGCCUCCUCCCAAAGCUAAUCCUCCACUGGCUACAAAGCAGUCUAAGCUAUAUGAGGCACUUCCACAUGUCGAUCUUUCUGUCUCGAUCUCGAUUUUAUCGUGGCCGCAUCGAGGACUCGAUCGCUGACGUCAUCAGCACCAACUGA